CAGGUGUCUCUUCACCUCCGGUGUGCUCAGUCUGUUCUCACCUGUUGGUUUCGGGGAAAGAGAGCGUCGGUUCAAUGCGCGGAGCUGGAUUAUUGUCACCGAACCCGCUGUGUGUUUCCUCCCCCGGUCCUCAUGUCCCAGGAUAAAGUGUUGUAGACCUGUUCAGACCGCUUCAGGACGGCUGUUGUUUAACUUCCCGGUGUGUCGCCUCACCGAAGCGACACGAUGCGGGAUGUUCACCUGAACAAUGAGACGUGCAGUAACGGGUCUGUGGUCAGGUUGUGGUGCGGCUUCCAGUCUGCAGUGUGUGUGGUCACUGGAGAUCAAACACUGGCCCACACACACCUGAAUGCCAGCGUUCUAUCGACAGAUGUAAACACAACCUACAACCUGUGGCUGGGCCUGACUCUGGCCCUGCUGUCCGCCUUCCUGAUUGGUGGGAGCGUCAUUCUCAAGAAGAAAGCUCUGCUCCGAUUGGCCAACACCGGUCACACCAGAGCAGGUGAUGGAGGUCAUGGCUACCUGAAGGACUGGCUGUGGUGGGGAGGCCUGUUAACCAUGGGAGCUGGAGAGGUCUGCAACUUUGUUGCCUACAUGUUUGCUCCAGCAACGCUGGUGACGCCGCUGGGUGCUUUGAGUGUCCUCAUCAGUGCAGUUCUGUCCUCCUACCUGUUGGGGGAGGUGUUGAACGUGGUGGGGAAGCUCGGCUGUCUGCUGUGUGUGCUGGGAAGCAUCCUGCUGGUCAUCCACGCCCCAGAGGAACAGGAAGUGACCUCACUGCAGGAAAUGACCAACAAGCUGCUGGAGCCUGGUUUCCUGGUGUACGUGUCGGCCGUAUUGGUGCUGUGUGCAGCGCUUGUGUUGUACUUCUCCCCUCGGUUCGGUCGAUCCAACAUCCUCGUCUACAUCAGCAUCUGCUCGCUGCUCGGAGCCUUCACCGUCUCAUCCGUGAAGGGCCUCGCCAUCGCCAUCAACACCGUGUUGUACGAUAUCUCAGUGCUCGCUAGUCCUCUCACCUGGAUCCUGCUUAUCACACUCAUUGUCUCCAUAGUAACGCAGGUGAACUACCUGAACAAGUCCCUGGACACCUUCAACACCUCUCUGGUCUACCCCAUCUACUACGUCCUCUUCACCUCCGUUGUUCUGUCCACCUCCAUCAUCCUCUUCCAGGAGUGGAGGAGCAUGUCGGCCGUGGACGUGGUCACGACGCUGGGGGCCUUCAUGGUCAUCGUGGUGGGCGUGGCCAUGCUCCACCUCUUCAGAGAGCUGCAGAUGACGAUGAAGGAGCUGACCAAUCAGCUGUCUCAGCCAGUGGAGAGGGAGGGUCUAGCGGAGGAGGUGUCAGCCAAUGGAAGACAAGAAGAAACACGGAGGAAUAAAAAAGAGGAUAAAUACGGACUGAUGGACAAUGUGGUGAUAGAGAGUCUUCCUCCUAUGAGAGAGGAGGGACCAAGAGUCUUCAUCAUCAGCUGAAACAGAGAGAGGUUUGUGUUUCCUGUCUGAACUUUGUAGUUCAGACUGCUGAGCGCUGUAGUCCUCGCUCUGACUGAUGUGCACUUUUUUAAAGGUCCAGGCCUCUAGUUUGAUGGCAUUUCAGUUCAUUAUUCAGAUCCACGAGCUUUCACACAAAACAAACACAUACCACAGAUCAACCACAAAGAAAUUCUAAAUCACCACAAAGAAACACAAAAUGACCGCAGAGAAAAAAAUUACUGCAGAAGACACAAAACACAAAACAACUACAAAGAAACUCUAAACAACCACAGAGAGACAACAGUUGAUUACAAAGGAACGCUAAAGAACCACGAAGACACAAAAAACAACUACAAAGAAAUGCUAAAUCUUAAGUAAAGACCUGAGUGUUUUCUUUAUUCAGCGUUUGAAGGUCGAGGCUGAUGUUACACAGUAUUGUUUUAUCGUCAUCAUCUCCCAUGUUUGUCCAUCUCUCAAUACUGUUCCCAAUCUUUCUGUGUCUUAGCUCUGAGUUCAUUGGUUCCUAGUCCCUUCCACUCAACAUGGAACAUCUUCUUUCGUCUAUAGAUAUUUUUUUGUUUUAAUGUGGAGCAUUUUUUCAGUAACUGCAGAUGAGCGAUGGCACCUGAAGCCUCGUCUUGAAUGGGAAUCAGCUGUAAAUAAAUAAUAACCUGCAGCUUAUUUUUAGGUGUGAACUGUAACUUGAGAGCAGAGGGCUUGGCAGAUAAAAUGAAACUGAGCUGAUGACGACCGUUGCUUCAAGUCAGGGGUUUCAGUCCAAAAUAUUUGUUCAUAUUUUGGAAAACUGGCAGUUAAAAGUUGCCGCAUUCAGCCAUUAGCAGCUCCUGUUUGCAGUGUAGACAUUUAUGUACAAACAAGUAUCACUGGAUUACUGUGAUGCUGAAAGAAACUUAAAAACAUGAAGAUUCUCAGUGAAGUUCAGCUCUUAAGACUGAACUGUCAACCAGGUAAAAACGUUCCCUUAAAACAGAAUUGAUUAUCGUAGUAAUAGAUUCAUCUGCAGAUUAUUUUCUUAAGAGAACAUGAAGGUUUUUGUCUCAUAUAAGAUCUGUUCGUUGUUGGUUUUGUUUGUCUGUUCGUGGUGUUUGUUGACAGUAAGAAAAAUACAGAAUAUCACCGGACUACUGCUUUAAAAAAAAAAAGGUUUUAGAAGAAUUAAAACCGAACUCAGUUUGGUGAAAAAUUAACAAAUGCAACAUUUCAAAAAGAUGUUUCUAAAGCACUUGAUUCACUUUAUUCUAUAGUAACUGGUGAAUCUAUAUAUCUUGAAAGGUUUUUCUUCUUUUUUGUAUUUUCUAUUGUAAAGUCUCAGUGUGUACUUAUAUGUCAUUUGUUUAAUUCACAUGGCUGGUGAAAUAUUUUAUUUAUUGCCAUGUUUACGCCGUCCAACUAGAGGUCCAAUGUUCAAACACAGGUCAGUUUGUUUUUUAAAAACGAAGCAGGGAUACCUCCUUGUUUUUAGAAGACUGUCCUCUGUGGUGCCAGGAAAUAAGAGCAGAGUGACACAUCUUUGCUUCUGUUCAUUUGAUUUUAACGUGUUGUUCCUGUUUCCUCUCUGCUGACGGCCAUGAGUCCAUGAAGCAGCAAGACGACACACAUCAGUGCUCAGUGUUUACCACAACUUCAUAACUUUAUUAAAGGAGAGAACACAUAAAACAAAUGUACAAACAGCCAGGAACAGCUUAUGUUCUUCUAAAGCUGUUUAUCGUCCUUUCUGAGACUUAACAGUCAAAUAACUCAUUUGUUUUGCAAAUUAGAAAAUUACCACAAAAUCUGUGGUGCAAAGAUUUGUUUAAGGUUUUGUCCCAGUGGUUUAAAACUGCAGGUACGGCCAAAAGAAAACAGGAUCUUACUGUUUAACUCCUGACGAGUUGUGUUUACACUGAUCAGUAAUGAUGAAUAUACAUGUGUGUAUUUCUGCUGCUGACGACUCAGUUCAUGAAACUCAGAGGAACAAACUAAUUAAAGUAUCUGAACACUAUGAGUCUGUGGAGACACAGACUCAUAGUGUUCAGAUACAAACUGAACACUAUGAGUCAUACAAACAGAUACAAACUGUUCUUAAAGGAACACGUCGCUGUUUUAGCUGAUUCACGUCACGUCACACAUACUUUAAAUAAAUGUUUAUAUUUUUUAAUUUUAGUUCUCUUUCUCUCUGAGAUGUUCAGAUUGAUUGGUUAGUGUAGUUUAGCCUAGUUUAGUUUAGUUUAUCUUAGCGUUGAACUCUUCCUUUAACUUCACCUUUACGAGCCAACAUUGAAAAAUCAGAUGAGACGUUCACAGAUUUUAUUAUUGUAAAUCUUCCUGCAGCAGGUUUCUAGUUGAGCUGUUGUAGUUUUUUAUUGAAAUGAUUCUAAACCACAUGUUGUCUGCAAGAAACAAUGACACUGUUAUGUUUUGGAAAAUUAGCAUUUAUUCAAAGUACGUGUGACUCUGGUUUAGUUCUGUCUCUGAUUCUGUCGCCUUAAACAAACUUUAUAUUUAUUGUUUGUUUUCAACAUGACUUUAGAUUUUUUACUGCACUCAGAUCAUUUCAAUAAAGUUCAGUACAGUUUUA